CAAUCGUGUUCGCAGGGGCGGGGAGCAGCGUGCCGUGAGCACCCAGUAUGAGCUUCUGGUGUGGAGCUGAAGAGGCGGAAAGGCAAGAGCCAGGGGUGGAAGAGAUGGGCUCACUUGUGUGAUUCACAAGUCUGCCUGCAAGCAAGCACACUGGACUCCUUGGAGGGCGAAAUAAUCCUGGGCUCUUUUUAAAAAAAGAAGGAAUCUGCUCGUGUUUGAGUCUGCAGCUGCCAGCACCAGCAGCGAGGAGCUUCAUAUCGGACGCCUGCACGACCAGCUGUGUGCAUGCAAAUCUGCCCCGAUAGAAUGCAUCAAAAUAAUUACUUACCUGAAUUGGUAGCUGAGAAAAACACGCUGGAGCCUCAGUUUGGGCAUGCUCUACGCCUGCUUGCAGAAGAAAUUGAAAAGCAUGAAGGUGAUGAACUGCAACAAGAUGGCAUAAUGAAGAAAUACCUUGACAUUAUCAGCAAUAAAAAUAUUAAGCUGUCUGAAAGAGUUCUCAUCCCUGUGCAACAGUAUCCAAAGUUUAAUUUUGUUGGAAAGCUACUGGGACCUCGGGGAAAUUCCAUGAAAAGGCUACAAGAGGAAACAGGAGUCAAGAUGUCCAUCCUCGGAAAAGGGUCCAUGAGGGAUAAAGCAAAGGAAGAAGAAUUAAGGAACAGUGGAGAGGCCAAAUAUGCCCAUCUGAGUCACGAUCUUCAUGUUUUAAUUGAAGUCUUUGCUCCACCGGGCGAGGCGUAUUCCCGUAUGAGCCACGCUUUGGAGGAGAUUAAAAAAUUCCUUGUUCCAGACUACAAUGACGAGAUCAGACAAGAGCAACUGCGAGAGCUUUCGCUAUUAAAUGGUUCCGAUGAGUCCAACAGAGGCAGGAAUGCACAAGGAAGGAGCAUUCGGGCAACCACCACAGUAUCUAACAGGGCCCGCAGGAACACAGGAAGGAGCACAGUAACACCUCGGGGGACGGCUACCACGACGCACGGCAAACUUGCCGCAUCUGUUUUAACGAGGGAAGCUCAAACCCCGAGAGCCAGGGGAGCAGCGGUUGCGGCAAUUGGAGGGUACCGACCUCCACUGUUAGCCGCCACGCAUGACUCAUAUGACGACUAUGGCUACGACGAUGGCUAUGGGGGCGAAUACGACGAUGACAGCUACGAUGCCUACGACGAUAACUUCAGCAAUCAGUCGAAGAGCAUCUCGGAAUAUUAUGAAUAUGGGCAAGGAACAAAUGACGACACCUAUAACAACUAUGAGGAGGAGUGGCCCAUUUCCCGUCCCAGUCUCAAAGCUCCAGUUCUACAGUUGACAAGAUGGGGAUACAGAAAACAUCCUUACAAUCGAUACUGAAGGUGCCCCACAUGUGACCUGCAAUUUAUGUCAACUUAUUAAUACUCAUGUCAAAACCUUCUUUUUUUUUGUCAGUUGCAUGGAGAUAAGAACUUGAAGCAGUGGCUUUUCAAAGAUGCAAGAUCUUGAGAAAAAUAAAGACAAAAAUACUUGAGGAAUAUCUCCGAAGCAAGUUCAGUUCCUAGCGUGAGUCUGGGGAGAACAGAUCGCUGCACCAAUUAAAUGAGUAAAAUCAGUGUGUGUGAAAGAGAUCAGGUGCAAUUAUUAUGAAAAAAAAAAUCCCCAAAAUGUUCUCUGAUAGGUCGAGUUUUGCACGGUGUGCAGUUAUGAAUUCUGUUGGUGUCAGAACCCACUGUGAUGAUUCAAAAAAGCAGUUUGUAAUUUGUGAUUGACACUUGGGAAAUUCUCUUCUCUAAAGCACAUCAACUUGCAUCAUAAUUUGAGGGGGGGGCUAUCUACACAAAUGUAAAAAAUGAAAAAUGACACUUUUUAAAAACUAUUUAUGGUGCUAUUUUAUUUCUAUAUUGCCGCGAUUCCCAAACACCGCCAAUGCAAACAUACGGCGCAAUAGUUUUCCCUUGGUGGUGAGCAAGUUUUUGACUCGCCAACAAUUCCAAAUGAUCUAAAUGCACCCUCAAUCCUCAUGAAAAAUGAAUCCGAAAUGACUUCUGUUCACCACCUUUAGUGUGCAAUUUUGUAAUUGCAGGUUUGUGAUCACUGUAUUGUUUGGAAGUAAUUGCAUGUUUGAAAAAAAAAAAAAAACAAUAGGAAGGAGAAAGUAAAGAAAGGAAUAAAACCCAAUUCCAAAUGACCCCCGUGUUUCUCUCUCCAUGAUGAUGUCGUGUUAAAAAGGACUAAUUAGGUCUAACCACCUCUUUUUUUCAUUCACAACCGGUUUUUUUCUCUCUGUGGUAGAAAUCAAUCAAGCAAUGUACAGUCUGUACUUUCUAAUUAGUGCUUUUAUUCUGUGUGUCUGACCUCUUUGUACAUAGACUAUUUAAUAAAAACAAAUCUAAAGCCCUGCACCGUGUGAAAGACUCUGUGAAUACAGUAGGUGGCUAUGUAUGUGUCUUUCAUUUUUUCAUUUGCUGACAAAAUGCAACACCGUUAAUGCGAUUAAAUAUUUGCAUUACUGACACCUACUCACUGCUUUAGGAGCCCACGAAGAUCUUCUAUUUAUCAUUUAAAUCGAUGCUUAAACAUCCUUGAAACUUAUAACAUCCUUAUGUAAGAAUUUGUUUUGUUCCGCUGUAAUCCAUCUUGUGAAGUUUGACGUCAAUAAACAGACUGAUUGACAUUGAGAAUCAUAUGCUGUUAAAGAGGUAAGAAGUCCCCUUAUAUUGUGUUAUCUUAACGAUUAAAUCAAACUGUGACUUAAGACCACAACUAACAUACUUCUUGGAAUUUCUGAGUGAAAAAUUGCAACGUUGAUCUACCUACUCUUCGAUGUCUCUAACGUUUUUUUGUUUUUCUGUCAUUGAAUUUGAGAUCUUGCGAUGCAUCUCUUAAACCUCAUCGCUGCUGUCCAGAUAAACUCUAAACAGGUAUUAAAGCACCAUCGGUGGUCAAGACGUAUGCAUCAUAAAACAGACUGCAGAAACUGCUGCAAGAGGACAGGUUCAGCGCUCAUCACUGGUCAAGAAUGCAGCGUGGUAUGUAUGCAUAUUUUACAGGAAGAGUGAACAUGUUUUCAUACAGUUCAAUGUCACGUUGCGAGGUGGUGGUGGUGGACCCCAAAAAGCAGGCAAGAGGCAGGAGCAGGGUCUAUUUGAAGAAGUGUAUAGAUAAAACACAGAAAACACACAAAAACACAAAUCCAAAACAUAGUCCUAAUAACGAAACAAAUCCAAAGUAGCAAACAAAACCCAUGACUUAAGCAAAACACUAUCAAUAACAGAAAACAUGACCAAAAACAUGACAAACGUGGACGGCAUGGCAGCAACAAACGGCAACAAACAAACAUGACAGUAGAUGAGUGCUCGGGCUGGGAGUCCUGUUUAAGCACCAAUGACAUAACGACCAACAGGUGUGCAGCUGCAGGGAGAGCCCUACAGUGCCACCUGUUUGUCCCAAACCGAAACAUGACACUUAAAUUCUGUAUUGAAAUGUCUUUUAAUAAAAACAUGCACACUGACUUCCCUAACUCCCCGUAAAGGGUGGUAGAUUUUUUUUCAGUCGGAUUAAUAUUUUUGGAAUAUGAGUUAACGAGCAAAAUCCAAAUGUUUUCAUCCAUAUCGGGGGGCGGGGGCGCAACACAGUUGUCCAAGCCUCUGUUAACAACCAAACAAGGCUCAGCCUCAGAAAACAGGUGAGUCAUGAUUACCUGAGUCACUGCGAUGUCAAAAUCAGUCCGCAGAAAGUGGCAAAAUGGCGCCCCCUUGAGAUGUCUAAAAACAUUGAUUUUACUUCUUCAUUCAUACUCCACAAACGCAAAACAGUAUUAUUAAUCAGAAUGCAGUGAUUAGACUAGGGAGGGGGGGGGGGGGCAAUAUAGCAUAUCACUGUAAAGAAAUGCUUUGGGUUGACUUCGCCUUCAAUGAAAAAGAAUGACUAUAUAUAGUUCAAAAUUUGUGUGGUCAACACAUAUUGAUGUUUCUCAACGUUACAACUUAUAACUUAUGUCUUUGUUGACCCCCUCAAUCACUGAGAUAAAUCACACAAACAGCAUGUGACCCAAAAAGAAUGUACGUACAUUUCUGUCUUCUUUUCACAUUUUUUUUACACUUUUGCAUAUUCCAUUUUUUUUUAAGUAAGAAAUUUUAGCAACCUUCUGCAUUAUUUUUCCCACAUGGCUGCAAUGUAUAACUUCAAUUUUUACAUCCUGAUAAGUGUUAAUGUGGUGUCUCAGUAUACUCUACAUAUACUGUAUGUCAUUUUUUUAUGCAUGCAUCCAUUUGCAAAAUUCCUUUACAAAUCCAUUUCACAACAUGCUUGUCACUGCAGUUUUCUCGGGGUGCGAAUGCAACUGAUGAAACUCCUCUCCCAUUCAGAUUACAUGCAGGAUUUUCCAAAAGGAUCCUUCUACUCACUGUGUAUUUGUCUUGUUUUGCAGAAAUACUUGAGUCUAAGGUGCUUAAAGACUUCUCAGCUGUCAUCACAUUUCUUUAUCCUUCAGUCCACACAAAGAGCCACUCUGUGUUUAUUUUCCAUGACACAGCCCUCGGAGCAGAAUGCGGCAUGAAAGUGGACGCAGCCUUUUUGUUGACAGAAACACAAACAUUUUUGGGGCUUGUGUUUGGAUGAGAGGGCUGAGUUUGACUGACAGUAACUCGCUCUGUUAAGUAAUGCAUUAAAAUUGUGGAUUGCGGAGUAUUGGUGGCGAACAUGAAUUCUGUGACGCCUUCAACAAUCCAAAGACUAUAAGGUAACAUUUUUUUAUUGUAAAAAGAUGUGAAUAUAGUUAAUUGACAUGUUUCUG